AGCAAUACUUCAGUGGGCCCACAUCCAAUUUUUCCUCAUUUUUCCAGUUCUGAUCGAUCCCAUCCUUUCCCUCUGCUCCCAACAAAAAAAUCUUCCUCUGUAUAGCAAAACGAUGACAUGAGAAGAAUUAUCGUUGAAAUUCUCAGAUGGAGCAGUGAAAACAGAGAUGGAUACAUUUGCCAUUAGAAGUAACAGGGUGCACUCCACUUGUAGUGGUGGAGAUGAGGAUUCUGAAGAGAAAGAAGCAAUUAGGAUGGAGAAAGAAUUAAUUAGGUUAGAUAAAGAAGAAAUCAGGUUUGAAAAGGAAUCAAUUAUGUUAGAAAGGGAGUCAAUUAGGUUAGAAAGGGAAGCAAUUAGCUUAGAAAAGGAAGCAAUUCGGUUAGAAAAGGAAGCAAUUAGGUCAGAAAAGGAAGCAAUCAGGUCAGAGAAGGAAGCAGUACAGGAAGGUUUGUAUGAAGUCGAAGAUGUGAGAAGGAAAAGGGUUUCUAAGGGGCAAACACAAUAUCUUAUAAAAUGGCUUGGUUGGCCAGAGUCGCAUAAUACAUGGGAACCUAUUGAGAAUCUACAAGAAUGUUUAGAUAUUGUCGCUGCAUUUGAAGAAAGGUUAUGUUCGAGAGGGAGAAAGAGGAAGCGGAAAGGUACAUUUUCUCAACCCAUGAAGACAGAGACUAUUGAUGAAGAGGGAAAAGGAAAUGAGGCUAUUGACAACUUAUUUUCUAAGAGUGGAGCUAAAUGGAUGACUUAUGAAAACGUUAGGAUGUUUGAGAAUGAUACUUCCGUGUUAGACCUAGACGAUGCUCAAAAUGGAGAUAAGUCUGAAGAUGUUGAAGGACCGACAAGGCAUGCUGCUGCAGGUGAUCAGCAUGAGGUGGAAAUGUUUUCUAACCCAUGUUCUAAUGGUGUACAAGAUGUGUGUGUCGAGUUUGCAGCAAUAAGUGAGCCCAACCUAGUUUUAGAUAGAGAAGUUUUAGAGGAACAAUCUAAUGCCUCCGUCUGUGAGGCCAAUAUAGCCACCUCUGUGGUCCUUGAUUCUGAGGUUAAAAGUUGCUCACAAGAUGACAGAAAUUUCACUGUUGAGGUCGGCUCACAGCCGCAUCCAUCUGAAAGGACUGGAGAUCACUGGAAGCCGUGUCCCACUGAUCUUCCUUGUGCAUCUAAGAGUGCCCAGGGAUCUCCUCCAAGAAAAACAUCUUGCCAACAGGGUUCUCCUUUAACAGAAGAAGUUACACAAGUGAAUUCCAAGAUGUCAUCACAUACUUCUCAUGAAAGUCCUCGAAAAUCUGCUGAUGAUACAACAACAGCUGGCUUGGAAGUUCCUAAUGAUAAAGCAAGUCCUCUUAAAAAUGAGCUACUCUUAUGCAAAGAAGAGUGUCAAGACAGCGAGGGUGGCACUGAUCAGGGAACCGAUCAAUUCAUCUCUAUUCCUGAUGCUCCUGGAAAAGAUGACCUCCUCAAAAGUUUCACUAAAACCCUUGAAGAGGUAACCCCUAAAAAACAGAUAAAAAGAAGCUGGGACAGCACAUUAAGUACAUUGUCCCCUAGGUCAUUGGGCGUUGUGAAAUGUGUUGCCCCUGCAGAAGAGAUUAGACCACUUGGAUCUAUUGAGGGCAGCAAUACUGAACCUAGUCUUGUUCCAACGGUUCAACCGUCUAAUCUGCCAGAUUUGAAUAUUUCAAUUCCAACCUUGGCCUCAUUUCAACAUCCUCUCACAGAUUCGAAAUAAUUGCAAUUGUGUGCUCAGUGAUGGAACCAAACCAGAUGAGGCGUGUAUGAUGUCGGUGGUGGCAGAAGCAUAUGGGAGAAUGUUUGGCGUGUUGCUGUUUUUCAGCAUCAGAAGUCUCCACUGACCUAGUUACUGUGAACAGCUAAAAUGUUGCAGUUAAGGCUGAACUGGAACUGGGUACAAUCCAACCCCUCCUCAGCAGCAGUUCUGGUAUGAUUUUUCAUCAUUUUGUUCAGCAAAUACCAAGAGAAACAACCUAGUUUGCUAAUCUUCUACAUUAAUAGAACCUUUCUUACAGAUGGCAUUCAGAUUGUGGUGACUGGAAACUGAUUAGGUGGACAUUUUACUGUAGGUGUUCGUAAAUGUAGUGUGAUUAGGAGAUAAUGCAAAUGUAUAAAAGUGACCCCUUGUAUUUGUAUUACUUUUUCUUGCUUUCAUUUUCCAUUCAAGUUUGCCUACUCAACAUUGUUUCUACUAUAUUAGUUUCGCCAAAAUUAUUUAAUGCUAGAGGUACAGAGUUGGGGGAGAUCAGAACCCCUAAACCAAAA